AUGCCUCGCAUCAGGGUUGCAAUCAUUGGCUUCGGCAACUGGGGAUCUGCAAUAGCACGUAUAAUUGGUGCUAAUACUGCAAAGUACAAAGAUUAUUUUGAAGAAACCGUUAAAGCCUGGGUUUUUGAAGAGAAAGUGGAUGGGGAGAAUUUGACUGAUAUUAUAAAUAAGAAGCAUGAAAAUGUUAAAUACUUGCCUGGUGUAGAGAUCCCGACAAAUGUGGUUGCAGUUCCUGAUCUAAUAGAAGUUGUAAAAGACGCAGAUGUGUUGGUGUUUGUUAUUCCUCAUCAGUUUGUUGAGAAUGUUUGCACCAAGUUACAAGGAAAUGUUAAAUCCACAGCAAUUGCCAUUACUUUGAUUAAGGGGUUACUGCAUCAGAAGGAAGGUGGAAUACUGCUUGUUAGUGAAGAAAUAAAGAAGUAUUUGAAAAUCGAGGUCGCCGCUUUGAUGGGUGCAAAUCUUGCUAAAGAAGUAGCGAAUAACGAUUUUUGUGAGGCCACUAUAGGAUGUGUUGCUGGCAAUGAAACAAGGAUGAUGUGGAAAAGACUCUUCCACACUGAGAAUUUCCAAGUUAAUGUGGUGGAUGAUGUUGUCACUGUUGAACUUUGCGGAGCUUUAAAGAAUAUAAUCGCUUGUGCAGCGGGUUUAAGUGAUGGAUUAGGCCACGGAGAUAACACGAGAGCUGCAAUUAUUCGUUUAGGUUUUAUUGAAGUCAUGAAGUUUGUCGAGUGCUUCUAUAAUGUUUCCAAUAUGAAAGUGUUUUUUGAAAGUUGUGGAAUCGCUGACCUUAUCGCAUCUUGUAUCGGUGGAAGGAAUCGUCGAGUUUGUGAAGCUUUUGUAAAAGCCAAUAAGCCGUUCCCCGAGGUUGAAAAGGAGGUUUUGAAAGGACAGAGUGCCCAGGGACCUCUCUGUGCUGCAGAAGCUUCUGUCAUGAUCAGAAAAGCCAAGUUGGAGUCGAAGUAA